AUGAAACUGUUAGUUCCAAUUAUUCUCAUAAGUAUUCUGGGAAUAAUUGUUGUCGAUUGCUCCCGUCGUCAGAAAAGAUCCACAUCAGCUUUAAUCAACCCUUCAGCAACCGAAAAUGUCAUUAAGAAGAUACAAAUUGAAAGAAAAGAACGACGACUACUUCGAAAAAAGAAACAGCGCCUCAAGCAGCUUCGAGCUGAAAUUCGGAUGUUGACACAGCAAUUCCGUAGUGGGGCUUCAGUUGCAGAUUUGCAAUCCCAACUAAGAAUGAAGAAUGAAAUCAAAGAAAUCAAACGAAGUAAAGAAGAUAGAUGGAAACGUAAGCUGUUGGAAAAGAUCAAAAAUAUUCUGCGACGUCUUGAUCGAAUCGAAAAUAAAACAAGAGCCAAGAAAGGAGAUGUUUUGAGUGUUGUAACCACUCAAGCUUCACCUGUUGAGAGUACAACCACGAUAUUGAAGACAAGUAUUCAUCCGCCAACCGAUGUGCAAUCAAAGAUGAAAAGAAUCAAGUCAUCUAUUGAUCAAUCUCAGAAAGGUGGUAAUGGAACAUUAUGCUUGACUCACAAAGAUUGUCGACCAGGUCAUUGCUGUCAGAAGCUGAAUGUUGAUGGGAUAAUCAAAUCAACUUGUUCAUUCUUUUCUUAUUCCGAAGGAAGAUCUUGUAUAGACUCUUGCCAGUGUUCUCAUCAACUGCAUUGUUUUCAGCCAUCCAAUAAUAGUUCGAAGCCUCUCUGUAAGCAUGCCGAAUCAGUUGAUAUACUUAAUGGAAAUUAUUUGUACAAUAAGGACGCUGUGUUUUCGGAAAGUCGUGCAAAACGACGAAUACAUUGA